CGUUCGUCUAUCGGCCGAGUUUCUCACCUUCUCGCUUGUCUAAAAGAAAAACAGUCGUCAGUCUCUCUUCGGAUGUUGCGUGAGAUGUAUUCGUUUUUGUUGAUUUCAAACUUCAAUUUUAUUUUCGAGUUCAUCGGAUGAUCUGUUAUGGCUGACAUCAGGAACAAAGACAUACAAAAACUACUCAACUACUUUUCGAGGAACACGUUCAGGGCUAAAGACUCUGAUGCUAAGACCAACAAAAUAUUGCAAAGAUGCAUAGACCUGGUGUCCUUGGAUUAUAGCCAUGUAGAAAUUAAUAAUACAAAUGGGGAAUUAAGUGCCCAUUAUCCCAGCAAAAUUAUUAUUAUGGAAUAUGAAAAAGCUAAUGAAAAUAAUGAGCCAGAGUUAACCAACAGAUCUUCGUCUAAAAAAGUGAAAAGUAAUGGGACUAUUUAUGAAAGCGUGUACGACGCUGCAAAGCUCAAAGAAUUAUUUGGAAAAGCACGGUUUGCAAGGUGUCGAGCAAGGUUCCCUCUUCCUGUCAUCCUCUAUAAAGGAAAGAAUAUAUGUAGGUCGGCUACACUCUCUGGAGGUCCUGAAAUAUAUGGUCGUUCUGGCUUGGACUACCUAUUUUGUAGUGAAGAUACAGGGCAAGAAGAUUCCAACGAAUCUGAGGAAGAAGGAAAAUAUUCAAAAGAUUGGCAACUCUGUGAUCGAGUGAGAAAUCAAGAUAUCAAACUUCUUAAAACCCUGAAUGUUGGGGCAAUAAUUGAUUUUAUGGUGGAGAAAAAGAAAGUCAAGUUUGGUGUCAAUGUGACUUCAUCGGAAAAAGUUGACAAGGAGAAUAGAUACUCAGAUUUUACCAUCAUCUCUCUGCCUUACCCUGGCUGUGAAUUUUUCAAGGAGUACCGCAAUAAUGAUUAUGUUGCUGGUGGUCUGGUAUUUAAUUGGGCACAGACGCACGUUGAUGCGUCCAUAGGAAUUCCUGAUGACAAUAUUUCUUCACAGUUAAAAAUCGAUUGGGAAAAUUACAAGCUUUGGGAUUUAGUUACGCUGACUCAAAACUAUAUGCAGCUUGUUAUACGAUAUCUCGUUGACCAACCACAAGGAGUACUGAUACAUUGCAUUAGUGGUUGGGAUCGAACACCUUUAUUUGUCUCUUUACUGAGGCUUUCAUUAUGGGCCGAUGGUGCCAUUCAUCAGACCCUAACAGCAAAACAGAUUUUGUAUUUCACUAUUGCCUACGACUGGAUGUUCUUUGGCCACAAUCUUGUUGAUCGCAUAAGUAAAGGAGAAGAUAUAUUUUUUUUCUGCUUUUAUUUUCUGAAGCAUAUGAUGGGUGACGAAUUUAGUGUUGUCAGUAGAACAAACAGUAAACAGAGGAACAACACUGUUCUAAGAACUGAUUCAGACCUGCAACUAGAAGGGAUUCUGUUAGAUGCAGAAGCCCCAGUUUGUUCACAAGGUUCAAACAUGAGUUUAAAUUCAUCAUGGAGUUCAAUAAGUAGUAAAAGUCAAGAAACACCUCCAGUGUUCUUCCAAGCUGAAGAUCAAUGUAGUAUCAACAGCUGUGAUAGUAUUAGUUGUAAGCAAGCAGGGAAACAAGACUUAAAUCAAGGGAACUGUUUUCUCGCCGUUCCUCCACAAGCCAAUCAAACUAGCAGUAAUAAUGCAAAUGGGGUAGAAAAUGGUUUGGGAGAAAAGCAGUAUCCUCCAGUACCUGAGGUUAAAAAUAAUAGCGAAACACUAUCGGCAGACCCAAAUAGCAAUACCAGUAAGAUUAGUGAUAUAAAUAUUGGAAAGAUAAAUCCAACAAGGACUAGUCCUGUAGCUGUACCUACUCGCCCUCUGAACAAUGUGAGACAGCGAAGUGAAUCCACUAGCUCAUUAAGUACUGGGAGUUGGCAAUUUAUUUCUGGAACAGGCAGCCUACGUGGUUCUGGCUCCAAUUCAACAUGUGGAUCUCAUCUUAGUUCUAAUAACUCCAGAACUCCUUUAAGUGAUAGCCAAUUGCUCGGAGACUCAACUACGACAGUUAUUGAGGAUGAGUGCUUUAUGUAUGGCAGAAAUACCGAUGCUGCAUUGUUGAGACGAGAACGCCUGAGAAAAAUCCGUUCCUUGUUCUACAAGAGUUAUUGCUGUACAGUAGGAAUCAAGCUCAAAGACGGUUCUAGAGUCCGGGGCCUUGGAAAUCUGUUGGGGAACUUUGCAGAAAGAGUCGGCAUUAUCUCCACCCAAAGGACAUCAGUCUGACACUUACCUUGUUUUAGACAACCUCAAACUUUAAAAUUGUAAAAGACAAUUGAGUAGAUAAUAAUAAUUGAAUGAACUAUUAAUUAUAAGAGUAAUAAUGAAAAUUUUAUUUUUUAUACGUUGCAUGUAUUUACUGCAGUGAUAUGCGAGUGCUUUAUUUAAAGAUAGUCUUCUUUAUUCUUAUUCCUCGAGUAUGGUUUUAGUAGUUUUGUAUAAAAAUAAACAUUUAAAAAUUCUUUAAAUUGUUAAAUUUUUAAUUUAGGAUGAAGUUAUUUAAAGCAAUAAGAGAUAAUCAAAAUUAUUGAACGAAAGGUUUUUCAUCUUGGAAAAUAUAUCUGGAACUUUUUUUUUUAAAAUUCAGUGGUUUAAAAACAUUAAGUAAUGAAAAUUAAGUUUUAAAAAUGAAAAAUGCCCAAAAUUUAACAGUAAACAAUGUAUUCACACCAAUGUGACAUGUCGGCUCUGUAAAAAAAUUAUGUUUUAUGUUAAAAUGUAUAGUUAAAAUGUGUAGUACAUAUCCUAAAGGGAGGCCUAUGUAAGACAUUGCAAAUAACAAGGCAAAAAAGGCUCACAAACAUUCAGAAUCCUAGUCAAAAAAAACUCAGAAUAUUUUCAUAUCUUCGAAAUGUUAAUAUACAUGAUAAUGAGUGAAUGCCUAACACUGCCAAUAUAGCCAAUAUGUAUUUAUAACUAAGAUGUGUAUAUGUAACAUGUGUAUGAGUGUGCAUGUUUAUAUAUGUAAUGUAUACAUGUACACACAUUCACAUAUACAUGCGUUAGUGUUAUAUUUUUUGUAAUUAUUGGUAAUAUAAAUCUUUAAAUUUACAAUAUUUAUUUGCACAAAAUGUUAAGUGCAUCAAUAACUUUUAUUUUAAAUACAUGUACUAUAUGUGUGGAUGUACUUAUAUCAGUGUAGAUUAAUGUUGAAUGUGUGUAACAGUGUUAUUUUUUAGUAUUUGAGUGAACAUUUUUAAGUGAAGUGUGCCCAUCUUUAUCAGUUAACUGUAGAAGACUUAAGAACUAAAAAAAAUUCAUAAAACCCAUCCUAAAUUUGUUGACUAAGGGUCCAAUACCUAUAUGUGGUGCUUUGCAAAAUUUAAAUCAUCUGGUGGGCCACUGUUAAUCAUUUUAAUAUUGUUGACUGGAAUACUUAUGACUGAUUAAAUUGUAAAAGCAUAGUGUUCAUAAUGUUGAACUUGACACAUUAAUUAUUAACAACAUAUAUACGUAAUUUCCAACAACUUACACUUAAAUAAUUUGUUUCAUUCUAAAUUCGUGGGACAUCAAAAAAGCUGUUUAUCGUAACAUUUAAUUUGGAAAACAACAGAAAAGGUACUAUGUUACAACACAUGUUAGUUGUGUUUUUAAAUGAACAAAAAUUGAUUACGCUUUCAUAGUGAUAAUUACCUCAUUUUAACUUCUACAAUAAAAAGCUUAAAUUAAAAGAUCUUUAACCUUGUAAUGCCCGAGACAAGGUGGAUGGAUUAUUUCGCUACUGAAAUUUUGGUAGAAUAUGGCCAAUUUGAUUACACCUUUUGUUUUGUAGUACUUAAUUACACGAGUCAACAUCAAUGUGUUUGUAAUUAUUUCAACAAUGUUUUGUAAAAUGUUUUCAAACUUUUGAUAAAGGCUGUUUAUUAUUAGUGAAGUAACGGUCGGUUACUACAUUGAACAGCUUACUUUCAAGAGCCAAGGUGUAACCAUAGUUUUUCUUCAUCAUAUUAUACACUUCAGCACAAGUUGUGAGAAAAAGAAGAAUUAUGUGUUUCAAUGGGUUAAUCAAAUAAGGAUAACUUAAGCAAAGUGGUGGUGGUGGUGGUGGGCCACUUGAAUUGUUCAAAUAUGUCAUACUCAAUAUGUAGCCUUUAUAAUGUUGUUGAGUUUUCAAUAAAUUUGCUGGUUUUGUUUAA